UUGGAUCUGUUGCCGGUCUUGCAAUAGCUGCCGUCUGAUAAAUCUUGAUUUUGAUCCUGGUCCGAGGUUUUUGAACUUCUGGAACUCACUCCAUUGAUGGUAGAUGGCUACUAUUAGAUUCGAUUGGUGGCAGAGCCGUUGGCUCUGUUUCGUCUCUUGAGUCUUAAAGGAGCAUUACCAGGGGAAAAGCAUGGCCCUGAGGUUUCUUUAAUGGUGGAUCCACUCGAUCUGGUCAGUUGCUGCUGUGGAUUUACUUUUAUUUUCAGCUAUUCGUUUGUGUGGAGGUGCCUGUAGCUUUCGGUUGCAGAUUUGAAGCUUCAUUUAAUGGCCGAUCGGUCGGUUUCCAUGUUAGAAGUUUUUUAUACGGUUGUAAAAUCGACAGCAGAUUGGCUUGGCGGUUAGGGUUACGUGUUGGAUAGUUGUGGACCUUUCUGGCGUUACGGAAGUUUUUACUGCGCAUACGCGCCUAUUGGCAGCCUAUAUCCUAGUGGACAAGUUGCUAAUUCGCUUCUGCUGUUUCAUGUACUGGGCGAUUUUAAUUUCCGGAAAAUGGAGAUUUGGAGCUUUUCCGAUCGGGUUUUGGCAUUUCCGAUUGAUUGGUUCUUUGUCGCAGCUUAAAUAGUCGGUUCAGGGUUUUUGUUUUUGUUUUUUGGGGUUUUUCAAAGAUAUUAAACCACAGGUUUUCUGCUUAUUUUCAAUUUUCUUUACGGCGAUAUCACCUUUGGAGCAAGGUUUAAGCCAUGGCGAACCGGAAUCUUAACAGAAUGAUGAGCUUUGGCAUAUCUGAUUUAGCUCUAGAGCGCGUUAUGGCAUACAUCCAUGAUCCUCGUGACCGUGAUGCUGUUUCUCUGGUUUGCCGUAAAUGGUAUGAGAUCGAUGCUUUGACACGGAAGCAUAUUACUAUAGCUCUUUGUUACACAACUAGUCCGGAGCUUCUCACACGAAGGUUUCGGCGUCUCGAGUCUCUGAACCUGAAGGGAAAACCUAGGGCUGCAAUGUUUAAUCUCAUUCCUGAGGAUUGGGGAGGAUAUGCUGGUCCAUGGAUCAAUGAAAUCGCUGAGUCUUUUAAUUGUUUGAAGUCGCUUCAUUUUAGGCGAAUGAUUGUUACAGAUGCGGAUCUGGAGCUUCUUGCUCGAUCUCGUGGUCACACGCUCCAGGUGCUCAAACUUGAUAAGUGUUCUGGAUUCUCUACGGAUGGCCUUCUGCAUGUUACGCGCCACUGCAGAUGUCUAAGAACGUUGUUUUUGGAAGAGAGCAUUUUAGAGGAGAAAGAUGGUCAAUGGCUCCACGAGCUUGCUCUAAGCAACACAGUUCUCGAGACUUUAAACUUCUAUAUUACAGAGCUCAGUAAAGUCAGUAUCAGAGACCUUGAUUUAAUAGCUAGAAACUGCCGCUCCUUGGUGUCUAUAAAAAUCAGUGAUUGUGAGAUCUUAGAUCUCGUUGGUUUUUUCCGUGCUGCGGCUGCAUUAGAGGAGUUUGGUGGGGGUAGUUUCAAUGACAGCCCAGAGAAGUACGCUGGCAUCACAUUCCCUCCUAGAUUAUGUCGCUUGGGUCUAAGCUACAUGGGAAGAAACGAGAUGCCCAUAAUAUUCCCAUUUGCAUCUCAACUCAGGAAGCUGGAUCUCCUAUAUGUCAUGCUUGAUACAGAGGACCACUGUCAGUUGAUUCAGCAAUGUGCCAAUUUAGAAAUUCUUGAGGCAAGAAAUGUCAUUGGAGAUAGAGGCUUAGAAGUUCUUGCUCAGAGGUGCAAGAGAUUAAAAAGGCUUAGAAUUGAGCGAGGUGCAGAUGAACCAGGAAUGGAGGAUGAACAAGGUGUAGUUUCACAGAGAGGAUUAUCUGCGUUAGCACAGGGCUGCAUUGAACUUGAAUACCUGGCUAUUUAUGUGUCUGAUAUAACCAAUGCUUCCUUGGAAUCUGUUGGUACAUACCUCAAAAACCUCUCUGACUUCCGUUUGGUAUUGCUUGACAAUGAAGAAAGGAUUGCAGAUUUGCCACUCGACAAUGGAGUCCAAGCUUUGUUGAGAGGUUGUGAGAAGCUUAGGAGGUUUGCCCUCUAUCUACGAGCUGGAGGUUUGACUGAUGUUGGUCUUGGUUAUAUAGGGCAGUACAGCCAUAAUGUGAGGUGGAUGCUUCUGGGUUACGUUGGAGAAUCUGACAGAGGUCUUUUGGAGUUCUCGAGAGGCUGUCCUAAUCUGCAGAAGCUUGAAAUGAGGGGUUGUUGCUUCAGCGAACGUGCACUGGCUCUUGCUGUAAUGCAGCUGACGUCACUGAGGUACUUGUGGGUGCAGGGUUAUCGGAAAUCUGAAACAGGUAGGGACCUCUUGGCCAUGGGUCGCCCCUUCUGGAACAUUGAAUUAAUUCCUCCUAGACAAGUUGUUAAUGUUAAUGAUGAUGGGAGUGAAAUAGUCAGUGAGCAUCCACCCCACAUUCUUGCUUACUAUUCCCUUGUUGGGAGGAGAAAUGACUAUCCUGCAACUGUCAUCCCACUGGAGCCAUCUACCAUGAUCAAUACAUGAAACUGUGAACAUCUUCUCCAGAUUUUGUCUCUUGCACCAUUCACAUGCGCUUUCAGGUGCCCUGUCCAUAUAUCUUCCAUGUAUUGUUUCCCAUCCUUGCAAAGCCCCCUCUCCUGUAAUAAGUUUGUGCUAUACAUUACUCUGAAAGAGCUUGCAGUCGUGUGAAAUACUGGCGCCACAAUUCUUGCCCCCGCCCCUGCUAUUUUUCCCAGUCCUUCGUCGUUGCUGCUGUUGGUUGAUAUGAGAUAAUUCUGUUUUUCAGUUAACAAGGAAAAAUUCUGGAACUUACAAAUUGAUCUGAUGAGAAGAUUACAGGGGUUGUACUUGAUUUGCUUUUGUAGCUUUUUGGAGUACCUCAGGAUAGAGAAUGAAACAUCAGCUGGUAGAUGAGAGUGUGAGUGACUUCACAUUAGAUUUGUUUUGUAGCCAUGAUCAUGAAUCAGAAGCAUCCAUAUGGAGUGAACCAUUUCUUCGAUGGUUGCGGGUACAGACUGGAGGAGGAUUAAGUCGAUGUUUACGGUGCAUCUAUGUGGUUUGUCUGCAUCAUGUUGAUGGUUAACCCAUAUCUUACAUUCUCAUUCUUCUUUCUUCUUGGCUGGUAACUUCCCCAGUGCAGUGGGAUCGAACGAAGGAUGGUGGCAUUUUUAUUUUUAUUUUUAGAAGGGUAUUCCAAUCUUUUAAUGGGGAAUGAAGAAUACUGAAAAUCUUUGUUAGUAGGUGGAAUGUAUUGUUGAAAUAUUCUCUUGUUCGACACUCUACAUUUUGUUUUGGCUUAGUGAACAGAUCCUGUCUAUGAUCGAUGGAUAAAUGCUACUCGAAACCAUGCUCAUAGUGGCUGGUAUUGAGAUUUCUUUGUGAUUCA